UUCCAGCUUCUAGGGCUACCACAUUCUUCCCUUCAUCUCCACUCCCGCACAAACGUCGGCUACCGCUAGGGUUUUACCGAUCCGCCUCACCCCACGCCGGCCACCAGCAGAUCGCCUUGCUCUACACCCUCACCGCUGCCGACGAUGGUGGGGUACGGGAUCCAGUCGAUGCUCAAGGAUGGGCACAAGCAUCUCUCGGGCCUCGACGAGGCCGUCCUGAAGAACAUCGGCGCCGGCCGCGAGCUCUCCGCCAUCACCCGAACCUCCCUUGGCCCCAACGGAAUGAAUAAGAUGGUCAUUAAUCAUCUAGACAAGCUCUUUAUCACGAAUGAUGCUGCAACAAUCGUGAACGAGCUUGAGGUCCAGCACCCUGCUGCUAAGCUCCUGGUGCUCGCUGCCAGAGCCCAACAGGAGGAGAUCGGGGAUGGAGCUAACCUCACCAUAUCUUUCGCGGGUGAACUGCUCGAGAAGGCUGAGGAGCUCAUCAGGAUGGGACUGCAUCCAAGUGAGAUCAUCAUUGGGUAUACCAAGGCCAUUAAUAAGACGCUUGAGAUUUUGGAGGAUCUAGUUGAGAAAGGCUCGGAAAAUAUGGAUGUAAGGAACACGGAGGAGGUCAUGUUGAGGAUGAAAUCUGCUGUUGCAAGCAAGCAAUUUGGCCAGGAGGAUGUGCUGUGUCCACUUGUCGCGGAUGCCUGUAUCCAAGUUUGCCCCAAAAAUCCGGCAAACUUUAAUGUUGACAAUGUUAGAGUGGCAAAGCUGGUUGGAGGCGGCCUGCACAAUUCUUCUGUAGUCCGUGGAAUGGUUCUGAAAAAUGACGCUGUUGGGAGCAUAAAAAAAGUGGAGAAAGCGAAGAUUGCGGUAUUUGCUGGUGGUGUUGACACUUCUGCAACUGAGACGAAGGGAACUGUUCUUAUACAUUCUGCCGAGCAGCUUGAAAACUAUGCUAAAACAGAGGAAGCAAAGGUGGAGGAGCUUAUCAAAUCUGUGGCUGAUUCAGGUGCCAAGGUUAUUGUCAGUGGAGCAGCAGUUGGCGAUAUGGCAUUGCAUUUUUGUGAACGUUACAAGCUAAUGGUUCUGAAAGUCAGCUCAAAGUUUGAGCUUCGAAGAUUUUGCCGUACUACUGGGGCCAUAGCACUUUUGAAGCUUAGCCGACCAAAUGCGGACGAAUUAGGAUAUACAGAUUCUGUUUCGGUGGAAGAAAUUGGUGGUGCUCGAGUGACUGUUGUAAAAAAUGAAGAAGGUGGAAAUUCAGUGGCUACUGUUGUCUUAAGAGGCAGUACUGAUAGUAUAUUAGAUGAUCUUGAAAGGGCUGUCGAUGAUGGCGUAAACACGUACAAGUCAAUGUGCAGGGACAGUCGGAUUAUUCCUGGAGCUGCUGCAACAGAAAUAGAACUGGCAAAGAGAUUGAAGGACUUUUCUCUGAAGGAAACAGGGUUGGAUCAGUAUGCCAUUGCAAAAUUUGGUGAAAGUUUUGAAAUGGUUCCAAGAACACUGUCUGAAAAUGCUGGACUUGGUGCGAUGGAGAUAAUAUCUUCCCUCUACGCUGAGCAUGCUGCUGGUAAUAUGAAAGUUGGCAUUGACUUGGAGGGAGGUGCUUGCAAGGAUGCUUCAAUCAUGAAAAUAUGGGAUCUCUAUGUUACAAAGUCCUUUGCUCUAAAAUACUCAGCAGAUGCUGUAUGUACUGUUUUACGAGUUGACCAGAUUAUCAUGGCAAAGCCGGCGGGCGGGCCGCGACCCCCUCAACAAGGUGCAAUGGAUGAAGAUUAGUUUUUCUGUGCACUCUUGUUUCCCGUGUAUCAUGCUGUGGGAUUUUCAUGCAGAAGACUGUUUCAUCCUAUCUAGGUUUGAGUAAUAGAUUUUGGCUACUUGGGUUACAAGGUUGGUGGCUGAUGUCUUGUGGUGGAUUUGCGAGUUCCUCUGGUACUGUCUUACCGGUGUAUCACAUGAUAACUAGAGGGACUUGUUCGUCCAGUUUAUUGUUAUAUGAACCAAAGCUUGUCUUCAAAGAUUGGUUUUGUAAAAUUCUGUUCUGCUAGACCUUUGCUAUUAAUUAAGAUAGCUGUUUGUUUGA